AUGAAUCACAAGAACGCUAGGCUAGAUAACGUGGUGCGCCCCAGGACCUUCACAGGAUCGCUCCUAUAUUUGUCUCUACUGCUCCUCCUGGUUCACCCCUUCAUCGUAGCACCUGCAAAUCUGCUCCCAGCCGUGGAACCAAAACGUCAUUAUGAGGUCAGAAUUAUAGCUGAAACGAGCUCGUCAAAUGAUGCAACACAAAUGGGAGAUGUAAAACCACCAUGUGGGGGGGGAAGUAUAAAACAUGGGGACAGCAUGCAGGGCAGCAGUAAACACUUCGAACAAAUGGAAGCAACAAACACACACCACCAGGUACAUCCAAAGGGCCCAAAAAAAGACGUGCAUGAAAUCCCAAGAACUCCAUUAGGGAACUACAACACGAGCAGUACAAACGUAAAGAGCCAAAUGAAAACAAAAAAUGAAAAAAUAAAUCAGUCACAAAAAAAUAAUCACCCCAACCAUGAAAAACAUAUGCCUGAGCAAAGUAUAAAACUAACAGAACGAGAACUCCAUAUUAUGUUAAAAAAUUUAACAGGAGUUGUCUCUAGGAAACACAUGUUCAUCCUCUGGUUUAACUUCCAUAAUCUCUACGUGCGAAAAUAUAAUGACAUGAUAGAUGAGAUGCGCAUGUAUGCAGAAUCUUUUGCAUCCCGCCAUAACAUGUCGAAAGAAAAUGUGCAAGCAAUUUGGUCCAGAAUCCAUGGAAGGCUCAUUUCUGAACUUAGGCAAAAAGAUGUAAGUUGCAUAAACGCCUUUUUCGAUUUGCUCGACAAAGGAGAAUGCACAGCUGAUGUGUUCAUAGCUUUCCUGGAAGAAACAAAGAAAGUGUGGACCGAUACUAUCGACAAGAUGAGCUUUAAGUGGUAA